AUGUCUCCCGACGGUAGCCAGGGACCCUUGGGGUCAGAUUCUAAAUUGAGAAUUAAGAUUGCUAUUGAUAGAGGCGGCACUUUCACUGAUUGCCUGGGCAUAAUCGAGGGACGAGAAGAUGAUAUUGUAGUGAAGAUAUUGUCUCAGGACCCUUCUAAUUACGACGAUGCACCAAUCGAAGGUAUUAGGCGUAUCCUCGAAAAGGCCACCGGAAAGAGUUUUCCUCGUAAUGAGCCAAUCGACACUUCUUUAUUCGAAGAUCUUAGCAUCCGCAUGGGUACUACGGUAGCAACGAAUGCGCUGCUAGAACGCAAGGGCGAGAAGGUUGGUCUUCUUAUCACAGAAGGGUUUGAAGACAGCUUAAAAAUUGGCCUCCAAUCACGGCCCAAGUUAUUCGAUUUGAACAUUGUCCGUCCGGACGUGCUGUAUGAGAAAGUCGUUGAAGUAGCUGAAAGAGUCACAGUCGAAGGCUAUCAACAGAAUCCGUUCUAUGAGGAAGAAGUCGUGGCGAUUAGCAAAGCAGCCGAGAGCGAUCCGAAUUUAGUUCAGGGCCUCAAUGGUCAAUAUAUCCGAAUCCUCAAGCCUCUGGACAAAGAUCGCGUUAGAAGAGAUCUACAAGGUCUUUACGACGAGGGUAUUCGCAGUAUAUGUGUUUGUCUCGCUCAUUCAUAUACCUUCCAAGGUGACACUGUCUUGCCUCACCUUGCCUAUGAUAAAAAUGAUUUCGAGAGCGGACUCCGCGCUGUUCUCUCGGGCCCGGCAGGAGGCGUUGUUGGCCACGCCGGCACUAGUUACGACCCGGAGGACAAAAUACCCAUUAUUGGAUUCGACAUGGGUGGCACGAGCACUGAUGUGUCCCGAUUUGAUGGUAUAUUCGAGCACACCUUCGAAAAUAUCACCGCCGGGAUAAGUAUAAUGGCACCACAAUUGGAUAUUAAUACUGUUGCAGCUGGCGGAGGAAGUAUUCUACAUUGGCGACAUGGUCUCUUUGCCGUAGGACCUGAUUCGGCUGCCGCACACCCCGGUCCGGCCUGUUAUCGCAAGGGCGGUCCCUUAGCUAUUAGCGACGCAAACGCACUGACCGGUCGUCUUUUACCUGAUUAUUUCCCCAAGAUCUUCGGGAAGAGCGAGAACGAGCCUUUAGAUGUCGAGAUUACUCGAAAGAAGUUCGCCGAGCUUGCUGCGCAAAUCAACUCUGAGACUGGCCAGAACAAAACCCCCGAGGAGGUUGCUAUGGGGUUUAUUGAAGUCGCUAACGAAACGAUGGCGAAGCCGAUACGUGCGUUAACAGAAGCCCGCGGAUACGAUACAUCGACGCAUCAUCUUGCCUGCUUUGGCGGUGCCGGAGGCCAACAUGCUUGCGCUAUCGCAACGUCGCUAUCGAUCACUAGAGUCAUUAUACAUCGUUACUCCUCUAUCCUCUCGGCAUAUGUCUUUACUACAGCCGAGUCUGUUUUAUCAACUGUCAACGAACUGAAAGCGGAAGUAACUAAGGAACUUGAAUUUGAUGGGAUUUCGAAGGAUCGUAUAAAACAUGAAGUCUAUCUAAAUCUAAGGUAUCAAGGAACUGAUAAUAGCCUCAUGAUCCUCGAGCCGGCCGAUGGCGACUAUAUCGCAGAAUUCACCCGCCAACAUCAGCGCGAGUAUUCCUUUACGUUCCCAGAUAAGAACAUACUUCUUGAAGAUAUCCGCGUCCGUGGUAUUGGGGAGUCUAUGGAUAGUGCGAACGAGUCGCCAAAUCGCGAGCUUGCUUCUGUAGCGAAGUUUGAUGUCACUAACUCUGACGAGGAUGGCAGGUCUCCAGUCUACUUUUCUGGAUUUGGUUGGACAGAUACCCCUAUCUACCUACUCGAGAAAUUGAAACCUGGAUGCGUCAUACAGGGACCUGCUACCAUCAUCGACAACACCCAGACUAUAAUUGUAGAACCCCUUGUUAAGGCAACAAUUCUUAGUCGCCAUGUCAUACUCGAUCUCCCUUCUAAGAGGACCCAGACGUUAAGUACAACGGUGAUCGACCCCAUCCGAUUGUCGAUUUUCGGGCACAGAUUCAUGUCGAUCGCAGAACAAAUGGGAAGGACUUUCCAAAAGACAUCAGUUUCCACUAACAUCAAAGAACGCCUGGACUUUUCAUGCGCCCUCUUUUCCCCUGAUGGUCGUCUCGUUGCGAAUGCGCCUCAUGUCCCGGUCCAUCUUGGGUCGAUGGAAUACGCAGUUAGGUUCCAGAACGAGAGGUAUCGUGAUACUCUUAAACCAGGCGAUAUUCUCUGCAGUAAUCACCCUAUAGCUGGUGGUGUACAUCUUCCGGACAUCACAAUUAUGACACCGAUAUGGGAUGUAGAAGGGAAAGACAUAAUCUUCUGGGUUGCUUCUCGAGGUCAUCACCCUGAUGUGGGCGGGAUUAGUCCUGGCUCUAUGCCGUCUAACAGUAAGUUCCUAUAUGAAGAGGGCGCUGCCACCAUAAGUUACAAGAUCGUCAGCGGCGGUAUUUUUAACGAGAAAGAGACACGUCGAUUCCUGUAUGACGAGCCCUCGCAAUAUACAGGGUGCAGUGGAUCUCGCAACUACAAGGAUAACCUCUCCGAUAUGCGCGCCGCAAUUGCAGCUAAUAGAAAGGGUUCUAAUUUAAUCGACGCGCUCGUAAAAGAGUUCACCUUACCCGUUGUGCAUAGGUACAUGGACGCGAUAGCAGAAAACGCAGAGGUGGCGGUCAGGAAUUACCUCCGCUCGGUAGCUAAAAGAUUGAAUGGCAAAUUGAUCUCGUUCGAGGACUAUAUGGACGAUGGAUCGGCCAUAGUAUUGCAGAUCCAAAUUGACGGCGAGACGGGAAAUGCAGUAUUCGAUUUCACCGGCACGUCGGAAGAAACCCUCAACUGCCUCAAUGCUCCGAAAGCAAUUACUUAUUCUGCGGUCAUAUACUCGCUUAGAUGUCUCAUCAAUCAGGAUAUACCGUUGAACCAAGGCUGUAUAGCUCCUAUCGACAUUAUUCUUCCUGAAGGCACAAUUCUCAACCCCUCUCCGUGGGCGGCGGUCUGUGCGGGUAAUAGUAUUACCUCCCAGCGGGUUACCGACGUGAUCCUAGGCGCUUUCCACGCGAUGGCUGCGUCGCAAGGAUGUGUAAACGUAUUUGGGUUUGGCAUAGGAGGCACGGACGAUUCGGGUAAUGAGGUACCCGGGUUCGGCUAUAUCGAGACUAUCGCCGGUGGCUCGGGAGCUGGACCGACGUGGCACGGAGCUUCCGGGGUGCACACGAAUAUGUCUAAUACGCGAUGCGCGGAUCCGGAGGUAUACGAACUGCGUUACCCUGUGAUCCUCCGGAGGUGGACGCUUAGAGAGGGUUCCGGAGGAGCUGGUAAAUAUCAUGGAGGUGAUGGCUGCAUCCGCGACGUCGAAUUCCGGAUCCCGCUCCAUGUCUCCGUUCUUAGCGAGCGACGUGUAAUGCGCCCGUAUGGUCUGGAAGGUGGUGGGCCGGGCGCUGUGGGUAAGAACCUGUAUAUCAAAAAGGAGGAGGACGGUAGGGAACGGACUAUCAACAUCGGAGGCAAGAUGGAGUUGGACGUGGUUCCUGGGGAGCGCGUUAUCAUCAACACGUAA